AAGAGUUUCUGAGCAGUUUAUUCAGUUCCUGGUUGACAAAAGGUAGAAGGUUUCCGUUGCAAAUAUUCAUUAUACAUAUCAGAAAAACUGUCAUUGUUUAUGACCGAGUAUUGGAUUGAAAUAUAUUGCUUUCUGAAGAGUACCGGAGAUGAUCCGAAUGACUGUACUCUGGAUUCUCUGCUGGGUUCAUGCAGCUGCCGCAGGAACUCAUUCACUGCGGUGUUUUGGAGUGGCAACCUCAGAAGGGUCUGAGCUUCCAGAGUAUGUUCAUGUGGAUAUGGUGGAUGAUGUGCAAUUAUCAUACUAUGACAGCACCAUGGAAAAACCUGUCCUCCAACAAGACUGGUUGAAUAAUACUAUGGGUCACGAGUUCUGGGACAGACAAACUUGGUAUAUUCUCAGUGAUCAUGACAUCAUAAAACGGAGUCUAAGAAAUGCAAUCCAGCACUUUAACCACACUGGAGUUCACACUUACCAGGGCAUAGGUGGCUGUGAGCUGGAUGAUGACGGGACUAGGCGUGCAUAUUGGUACCACGCGUAUGAUGGGAAGGAUUUUAUCAGUCUUGAUGUAAAGACCCUGACCUGGGUCGCUUCUGUGCCACAGGCCGUCUACUAUAAAAGCAAACAGGAAGCUGACGCAGCCUUGCAGCAGAUCCUUUUUCACUAUUAUCGACAAGAGUGUUUCCAGACGCUGAAGGGGUACAUCCAGUAUGGGAUGAAGACCCUGCAGAGGAAAGUCCGCCCUGAAGUGAUGCUGAUACAGAGGAAAGCACGUAAAUCUGCAGGAAUGGACGUCAUUUGCCAUGUGACGGGGUUCUACCCCCGAGAGGUUGAGGUGAACUGGAUCAGAGAUGGAGAUCAUGUGCUGGAGGAGGGGGUGUGGAGCGGGGAGGUGCUACCCAACGGGGACAUAACCUACCAGCUGAGAAAGACCCUGACAGUGAGUCCUGAGGACCAGAAGAAACACAGCUACUCCUGCCAGGUGGACCACGCCAGUCUGGAUGAGAAGAUGGAUGUGAAAUGGGUUCCAGAGGCUGGUCUGAACAUGUGGCUUGUUGCUGGUGGUGUGCUGGCUGCUCUGGGUCUGAUCGCAAUGAUCAUAGGAGCUCUCAUCUGGAGGAAAAGAGCAUCAGGUGUCAGGAGCCCUGACUACACCCCAGCGCAGACAAUGGAACAAAGUGAUACAUCAUCCAACUCCACCAAUAAUGACUCAGGAAUCCAGUGCUCCCAAUCCACUACGUCGCUUCCCGAUGAAGAUGUUCAGAAAGACACAGCCGCUGUCUCCAUGCCCUCCCUAGCAGGGUCAGCUGAGGAAGCACGAGGGUUUGACCUGAAGUUCGACAUUCACAGUCCUAGAUAAGCUGGUGUGACUCCAUUGACACAGAAAUGAAUAAACGGCUCAGCUGAGGCUUCAUCUUUUACACUUCAUUAUACCCUGAUAUUGCCCCAUAGAAAGCGAUUGGAUAAACCGAUAGACAAGGAAGCUGUGUUGCAGUAAUCUGUGUCAAAUUAAGAAUUUCUAGACAUUUGGAGAGUUCCUUAUCAGACUUACAGUUUUUUUUUUUUUUCUUUUACUGGAGUAUAACUAAUGGUUACUAUGCUAUGGGUUUGAGAUUUACAGAAGAUGUUAACUUUUCAGUGUACUUAUUAUAUUUGUUUAACUAAAUAAAUAAAUAAAUAAACAAACAAACAAAAAUAUAUAAAUAUAAAUAAAUAUAUUUUAAAAGCAAAGUCAGAUGUGAAGCUGUGGCUGUGGCAGCACUUUACCAUCUCCCUUCAUCUUUCAUGAGCACUACACUCACAAGUACCUAAUUAAAGGUAACUUACGUAAGAACAUAAGAAAGUUUACAAACGAGAGGAGGCCAUUCAGCCCAUCUUGCUCGUUUGGUUGUUUGUAGCUUAUUGAUCCCAGAAUCUCAUCAAGCAGCUUCUUGAAGGAUCCCAGAGUGUCAG